AUGCAAGGGUUCAAUAUGGGACGAUAUGUCCCUCCGGACCAAGAGGGUGUCACCUCUGCAAACAAGCUCGCCGGCAAACACCCCCUCGGCGCGCGCGCCCGCCACCUCCACACGACAGGUGCCCUCAUCGUCCGGUUUGAGAUGCCCUUCGCCAUAUGGUGCACUAACUGCAAACCAAACGAGACCAUAAUCGGACAGGGCGUUCGCUUCAACGCUGAGAAAAAGAAAAUCGGCAAUUACUACUCGACCCCCAUCUACAGCUUUCGGAUGAAACACACCACAUGUGAAGGCUGGAUUGAGAUUCACACCGACCCGAAAAAUACCGCCUAUGUGGUCGUCGAAGGUGCACGCAAACGCGAUACCGGGGAAGACAAAGAGCUGCAGCCCGGGGAGAUUCUCAUUCGCGGCCACACGCAGGAUCCCGCCGAGAAAGACCCGUUUGCUAAGCUCGAGGGCAAAUUGGAGGACAAGCAGCGCGCUCAGACCGAAUCGAGUCGCAUUCUGGAGUUGCAGAAGCGGCAGGAUCGGGAUUGGGAGGAUCCCUACGAGAAUUCCAAGCGAUUGCGCCGCACCUUUCGCGGAGAGCGGAAGGGACUGGAGAAACUGGAGGCCAAUCGCGAGGCUUUGCAGGAGAAAAUGAGUCUGGGCAUUGAUCUGGUCGAUGAGACGGAGGAGGAUCGUCAGCGAGCAGGCAUGGUGGAUUUUGGUGAUGAUCAGUCUACCGCCGCAAAGGAGGCUGCCCGCGCAACUCGAGUCCGACCAAUGUUUGAGACUGUGGACCCAAAACGCUCUCGGAGCAGUGAGAACCGCGGCAAGGAGCGUCCGAUGUCCCGGAGAGCCCGUGAAGCUGAGAUGAUCGAGCAGCGCAAGGCGAAUUUCCGAAAUGAGCUGCGGCAAAACACACGCGCUGCAAAGGAUCCUUUCCUCAAGGAUCUGGGAGAUGGACCAGACAUCUGGAAGCCUGCUGUCAAGGGGAAGAAGCUUUCUACGAAGCUGGUACCUCGGACCGCUUCGAAGAAUGUGAUGAACACUCAGGUCAAGGACUCGACCGACACAGAGGGCAGCCCGGUCUCGCCCCCAGCGACCACUGACAGCGACGUUGCGCCUGCACAGGUUGUACCGGCUGCACGAGCAUUGGUGGAUUAUGAUUCUGACACGGAGUAA